AUGGCACUGGUCAUGGAUAAUGGCACGCAAUUUACAAGUUCAUUAACAAAAGAAUUUUGUGCAGAUUUGGGAAUAGACAUGCGGUUCGCCUCAGUCAAACACCCGCAAACAAAUGGCCUGGCCGAGGCAGCCAACCAAGUCAUACUGAAUGGUUUAAAGAAAAAAUUGGAUGAGGCCAAAGGUUGGUGGGCGGACGAGUUAAAAGGAGUUCUAUGGGCGUACAACACAACUGUGCAGAAUAGCACUGGGGAGACGCCGUAUAGGCUAACUUAUGGUUCUGAUGCCAUGUUACCCGUGGAAGUGGAGAACCAGAGUUGGCGGGUGAUAUCAAUGAACGAAGAAGAAAACAAUGAUAAUUUGAUUGCAAACUUGAUCAUGCUUCCUGAGCUACAAAGGGAAGCACACUUGCGCAAUGAAGCCGGCCACCAGAAUCCAAGCCCUGUCCGUAAAACGACUAAGGCCAGUAAAAUGUGCCUAAGCCUUGGUUAA